CAAUUUGCCGCAUGUCAGCAACUGGGGGUUGUUUUUGGAUUCUUCAUCAACUAUGGUAUUACCAAGAACUACGAUGGAACAGAUAUGCAGUGGAUGUUCCCAACCUUGAUCCAACUGGUCCCUGCCGCAGUCUGGGGCCUGGGACUCUUGGUCUGUGAAGAAUCUCCCCGGUGGCUGCUGUACGUGGGUAGGCGAACCCAGGCCGUAUCGGUACUGGCUAAGCUGCGUCAUUUGCCCUCGAGUCACCCAACUGUAGUCGCAGAGAUUGCUGUCAUGGAAUUUCAGAUCCUGCAGGAGCGAGAAGCGGCCUCGGGCACAUCACAAUGGCACCUAAUCAAGGAGACGGUAGUCCCGGUGGAGAACCGGCGUCGGUUCUGUCUAGUGAUGCUGGCACAUCUGUUUUCGCAAUGGUCCGGAGGCAACGCCAUCACGCAGUACUUGCCCACGAUCUUAGGCUAUCUGGGGACGACCGGGGAUGCCUUGUCCCUGACCACGGCCCUCUAUGCCGUGGUCAAGUUUACCGCCUUGCUGAUCUUCUCACUCGUAGUGGUGGACUUUGUAGGCCGACGACGGUCUCUUAUGGCGGGAAUCACCCUUCAGAUCGUGACGCUGGCAUAUCUUGCUUGUUACCUGGGAAUUUCGCGACAGAUGUCGACGACGACCAUCCUCCACGCGGCCAGCGCGACACAUGCCUCGAGAGCAGCGAUUGCAGCCAUCUUUGUGCACGGGGUUGGGUGGGUGAUCGGAUGGUUCUCGAUGCCCUUUCUGAUCGGAUCGGAAAUCUUUCCCAUCCGAAUCCGAUCGCUGGCCUUGUCGAUGGGGAUGGCGGGGCACUGGCUGUUCGCGUUUGGGUGCACGCGGGCGACGCCUGACUUACUGGACGUAAUGGAGGAAUGGGGAGCCUUUGCAUUCUUUGCGGGCAUCUGCCUUGUCUCGCUGGUGUAUGUGUUUUUUGCGAUGCCGGUAAGUGAAUUAACUCCUUGGGUGACGGUGGAGGGUAGUGAGAGACAAACGACGGGGGAAACUGACAGCACACAGGACACGACGGGCCGAUCGCUCGAGGCACUGGAUGGACUGUUCCGAAGGCCGUGGUACACGGUUUAUCAGGUAGCGUAUGCAAAGAAGGAGGACGAGGAAAUCGAAGUGCAAGCGAUACAAGAACGGGGAAAGUCGGAGUUGGCGAUGGUGGAGGAAGCAUAAAGCGCAAGUGGGCCACCAUCUGAUUGAUGGUGGGGAUUGUUGGUGCAACUGAUUCCGAUCUUAUUCUUUCCAUGUAUCAUGAAGCACGUGGGGGUUUGAUUGUGUAAGCUCUGAUUAGUA